AUGAUAAAGGCCUUGCGCUCUCGCGCUCAUGCUACUGGCUCGUCGUUGUAGCCCUCAGCCCCAGCGGCCCCUGCAAAGACUAUCGCAGACUCUCGCUCACCUCAGGCCGACUACGGCAACCCGAUCGUUUACUUCGUCUCCCACCCGCGGCACCAUGGCGUACCCUGCCAAAAUCCAGGCGAUCAAUAUACCCAAGCAGGGUGAUCUCGAUGUCAUCGAAAAGAACGAGAUCCCGUUCGCGCGCGCCGAUCCGACGCAUCUCAUCGUCAAGAUGCACUACGGCGGUGUGAACUUCAUCGAUACGUAUUUCCGCAAGGGACUUUACCCCGUGAAGAGCUUCCCGGCGACGCUUGGUACGGAGGGCGCCGGGAUUAUCGUCGAGCUGCCGACGGACGAGAGCGUGCUCAACCAUGAGCACUUCAAGAAGCGGGGGUAUGCGAUUGGUGCGAAGGUCGCUACGUACCAGCUUGGCGCCUACCAGGAGUACAUCUCUAUUCCGUGGAACAACGCCUAUCCGCUCCCGGAGUCCGUUCCUCUCAGGACGGGUGCCGCUUCUCUGACGCAGGGCCUCACCGCGUUGACGUUUAUGACGGAGGCCCAUAAUGUAAAGAAGGGCGAGACCAUCUUCGUGCACACCGUCGCCGGUGGACUAGGCUUGAUCUUCGCCCAGAUCGCCAAAUUGCGUGGCGCUACUGUCAUUGGAACGACGUCCACGCCAGAGAAAGCCGAGCUGGCGAAGGUGCACGGUGCGGACCACGUCAUCCUGUAUAAGGACGAGGACAUCGUGAAGCGCGUCAAGGAGAUCACCAACGGCGAGGGCGUCGACGCCAUCUUCGACGGUGUUGGGAAGGACACGUUUGAGCUCGACUUCGAGAUCAUCAAGCGGAAGGGCACUCUCGUCUCCGUCGGGAACGCGUCUGGUGCUGUGCCGCCUUUCCCGCCUCUUAAGCUCACGCCUAAGAACCUCAAGCUGCUCCGUCCCACAAUGGGCAACUACGUCGUGACCCCGGAGGAGCUCACGUUCUACUGCUCCUCCCUCUUCGCCUCCGUCGCGGACGGUUCCAUCAAGAUCAACAUCUUCAAAGAGUAUCCCUUCACAGCCGACGGCGUGCGCCAGACCCAGAUUGACCUCACGGGCGGUAAAACGACGGGAAAGUUGCUUAUCAAGAUCUCCGAAUAAAUCAUGCCUACCCCACUACAUCUUAGCAUGCUCUCGGACACGAAUUGGAAUGUAUGAUAUCCCUUCAGCGCGGCUUAAAACUGUCCAGGUCACCGUCUACCACCGAAAAUCAUUAUUCAUGGGCGUGCCCCUGGAUGCCGAUGGAUUGCUGUGUAUACGAAGGCUCCUGAAAUGGGAGGCGGGAUGCGCUUAUCAGGACGGGCCAGUGACGAGCGACCAUUUUAGGAACGUUUCGUACACACAACAAUUUCUCGACAUCCUGGGGCGCCCCAGGGUGGGUUUUUCGGAGAUAGCUGGCGACCUGCGGAUACUAGCUUAGCGUACGGGCUAUAUGGCG